AUGUUUAAUUAGACUAGUUGGAAAUGUGUAAGAAAAGGCAGAUUAUUUUUAUAAUUGGUUGUUGCCAGAAUAAAAUUCAGAAAAUAAAAUCAUUUUAAAUAAUAAGGUUUGAGGAAGAGUAAUAUGGAUAUUAUUAGAUAUAGUUUUGACGAAUUCAUUAAAAAUUUAAUCUUAAGAAAAUACCAAAUCAUGUAUGUAGAAAUUGAAAUUCCUCUUAAACCUUCAAACAUAAUUCAUAGUUCAUAAUCAUAUGAAGAGAAACACAAAUAGAUAUUUAGGCAUUCUGGUUUUUAUCAGAUCUAAAACAUUUGAUUACGAUUUAAAUUACAAAGUUGAAUUAAGAAAUUAUGAAAUUCAUUCUAAUAAUUAAAAAAAGCAACAUUUGUAUGAAAUAAAGUAUAUAGAUGUUAAGUUAUAUUUUAUUCUCAUAAUAAAAGAAUCCAGAAACUCUUAAUAAAUAAACGUAAUAUUUAUAAAUGGUAUUCAUUAUGAAUUCUGCCACAAAUAUGGUUUAAUGGAAAAAUAAAUAAACAAUAUGAAUUUGUCUCAUAUCGUUUAGAAUCAGUGA